GUGUACUCUGUGAGAUCAAUAGUUUUGAAAUGGCGCCUUUAAAAAUAAAAAUGCAUUUGUACAUACUUUGCGACCCAUUCCGCAGGCUCAGCUCAGGCACACGCACACGCACAGACUCGCGCAGAUUGCUCUCCGAAUACACACACGCGCGGACACUGGCGUGCGCGGCGCGCUCUCUCUUGCCUAGGUACGCGCUACUCCUGGGUGGACAGCUUGACUGCACCGUGUGCUUUUAGAAUCGCCUCCUUCGCAGACGUCACUAGCACCCGCAUCAAACUCUGAGCGCCUCUUAACUUUUGUUCCUCUUUUUUUUUCUGUGAUAGCCAUGCGCUUAGACAGCAGGACUGGGAACACAGAGCUCGGAUGCUAAAACGAAUCGGAUGAUUGUCUCUGGCCUUCGAUUGGCAUGCCGAAAGGGUGUAUUUUCACCAUGGAAAAUCCGACUUGGUCUUUCCUUGCGUAGAUAGGAUGGAUAACCCCGAAGACUGUGACCCAUACUGCGUUCCGGCCAGAAGGGCUCAGUGGAUAGUCAGUGUCCUAGCAUACCACUACGGCUUGGACCGAGGGGCGGAGAACGAGAUUAUAGUUCUGGCCACGGGUUUGGACCAGUAUCUACAGGAAAUCUAUCACCACUUGGAUUUUUACGGGGAAGGAAAGAUACCAUCCGACGAUUUUAAAGUUCUCUGUGAAGUCUUAGGGCUGGAGAGCGACGCGGAGGUGGAGGAAGGUGCCGGGAUUUUAGAGGAUCUGCCAUGCGAGCUCAGCUUCAGGCAGUUCCACUCCAGAUUGUGCGGGUACUUUAGCACCAAAGCGGGAUGCCAGUGCAGUAACGUUCGGCUGCCGGUCAGCAAAGAGAGUGAACACAUCGAGACGCAGAUCCGCGUGAGAAGCCCACUGAGACGCAGGAAAACGUCCCUCUCCAGGGCUUCUUCCCCAUCUCCUCACCUGCUUGGGCAGUGCGUCAAAGAGUGUGCCCCAGCCCGUCAUGUGCCAUGGUCCUGCACCGCAGAGUUUGCCACAGCCCAUCGAGUUUCAGGGUCGUCUGCCAAGGAUUGUUGUACAAGUCGGCAUGUAAAAGGAGUCUGCGCAAAGGAGUGUGUCUCAACUCCACUUAUGCACUAUCCUUGCAAAAAGGAUUCUUACAGACACCAGGCUUUGUGCACAAGCGCUAACGAUCUAGACACAGAUUUGCCAAGAUCUUGCACCGAUGCCUUUUCUCAGUCCGGCCCUUGCACGAGAGGGCACAACUCGGGCUCUUAUUCUCCAAUUCGCCACGGAUCGGAACCCUGUCCUCGGGAGUGCUACGAAGAAAUCGUUGCCUUAGAAGAAGCCGAAGACAGAAUCGCCAAACUAGAGGACGAAAAUGCCAGUCUGCGGGAGCUGGUGGAGGAUAUGCGUGCCGCCCUGCAGAGCAGCGACGCUCGGUGCUUGGCACUCCAGGUUGGACUGUGGAAGAGCCAUGAUGGCCAUACAGCAGAGAGUGGCUGUUACUUGGCGAACAGGAGGUCCUUCACUCAAAAGUCCCACAGCCAGAUGGACAACAAAUGUCUGAAGAACUUACUCUGUGACAUGGAGAAGAUGCCCACCACUGGAAAUGGCAAAAUAGAAGAAGCAAUGAAGUUCAAUCAAGAUCUAGAGAACGAGCUGAAGAUGACCCGGGAAGCACUGAGGAACCUGGAAGAGUGCAACCGGAGCCUUAAGUGGGAGCAGGCUGAAAUGAGGAAGAAGAUAGAGGAAGCCAGAGAAGCGGUUCUCAGCAGUCUAAGCAAGGUCCGUGAGCUGGAAGUCAAGGCUCAGCAGGUCCCUACGCUGCAGCGGCAUGUGGCACAUCUGGAGUCUGAACUUGGCUAUUACAGGUCAACAGUCAUUCAGGCUCAGGUUCCAAUGAAGAGCCCGCCUGGCGAGGAGAAUGUUGGUGCAACGGAUCUAUCAAAGCGAGAAUGCUGUCUGUCUACCCAGCAAGACCGGCGGUCCCCAACAGGCCAUGCUGAAACAUCUCCUGAUGGUAUGGGUGAGCAGCUGUUCCGGUCAGUGGAAGGACAGGCCGCGUCUGAUGAGGAGGAGGACAAGUGGAUCGUGGAGCAACAGUCCCAGGUAGACAAUGUCAGAAGAAUCCUCAGCAAGCUGUCUUGCUGCCGAGACAGAUGCGAGGAUAAAACAAUGAAAAAGAUGCUGUCAUAUUUCAAGGGCACAGAAAGUGAUGGACACUUAAACCUUGUGGUGGAACUACUGGACCAAAUGACCAUGCUGACAAAACAGCUAGAGCAACAAGAUAACGAGAUGAAGAAAAUGGAGGAAGCCAUGAACCAGAUUAAAAGCACUUUGAUCCAGGAGCAACAGCAGAAGAUGAAUGAGUCAGAGGUGCUUCAGACAGAGUUACAGAUGCUGGAAACAGAGAGAGUACGUCUGUCACUGGUGGAGGAAAAGCUCUUGGAUGUUCUUCAGUUGCUCCUGCAGCUCAGAGACCUGAACAUCUCAAGGCGGUUGCUAGGCAAGAUUUUACUGAGUACACUAGGAUCCUGCAAUGAUCUUCAACAUGGAAAAUCUCAUGUCCUCGAGGUUCUCAACACUCUUCAGAAGGAGUUGGCUGGUUGUGAGCUGUUUUCUGGGUCCACUCUGGAAAGGUCAUCCAGCUGCCAGUCUUUGUCUAGUGCUCUCCUCAUCUCGUGCUGAUGAUCUUUACUAACAUUCCUUCAUUAAAGUCACUACUGCUUAAACUGCACCACUGCUCAGAGAAACCAUGAGCAUUAGCAGUUUUCUCAUCUGGUAUAUUGUGCUAUUCUGCUCUCUCCACACCUUUCCUUAUUGACCACAAAAUCUUAGGAGGUUUAAAUCUGAAACGCCGGAGGCAUGAAUUACUGCCAGUGUGCCAGGCAAGCCAUCUGGAGAUAGAUUGGUACAGGUACCAUCCCCUGGGGACUUUGCAGCUACAUACUGGCACUGCGCCUUUGGACUUUUUAUUGGGAAUAUGCGAGUCACCUGUACACAUGCUAAGAAACGUCACUGCAAUGACAUUCUGGGAUUGGACUCUAUGAAUAUGAUAGUGUGUAUUAUAUCUACGUCCUGGGAGUUCUGUGCUGAAAGCACAUGCUUCGAUUGUGCACUGGAGUUUAUGUGCUAUUUUGGAAAUGACCCUUAUGGCCACUGAGUGACAGUCCAGAAGGGAGUGACCCAGUUUGUCCUUUAUUUCCUGUGUGUGCCACUCUCAUAGCCUGUCCUUGUUGCCUACAGAAUGAGACACUAAAAGAUGAAGGAGCAGAAUUACUCUUCCUCACCGGAUACAUUUUCCACUAAAGAUAAAGAUAAACAAAAUGGUCUGUUUUCCUUUUUUUUGUUUUAACUACCCAGCUCCGCCAGUAAAAGCCUAUGGCUAAAAAGCCACUUCCUUCCUGUUCUGGGAACCAACAUAUUGAUGAACAGCACAGCUCUGAGCUUCACAGAACAUCUGGAGGAGAAGCAGCACAGAAGCUGAAACAGGAUGAUCAUGAAGGCCACUGUUGUUUGUAACAUCCUGCUCUUCCUGCAUACUUCAAGUUUCAGCAUGUGCCCAUCUCCUUGUAUAUGCACUCAGUAUAGACAUGGUGGUCUGCAUGUGGACUGCAGCUCUCGCUUUUUGAAGAAUGUGUACAUGUCAUUGCCAGAAAACACAGUGAGCCUGUCAUUUCACAACAACAUGCUGACCAACAUCCGCCCUGGACAACUGGACAAACUUCACCACAUUCAGACCCUGAACCUGUCUCAGAAUCCCUGGAGUUGUGAUUGCAACAUUGCGUACCUCAAACAUUGGAUGGAGGACAAUCCUAAUGUGGUAGUGACUGGUGCCACCUGCCAGAGCCCACUUCACUGUCAGAGAAUGCCCAUCAUUCACCUUACUGGCAAUGAAUUUGCCAGUUGUGGAGGCAGGCAGCAUGUUGACUGUCAAGGAUUCUUCGCUAAUACUGUCAUCAUGUUGAGUCUGAUGCUGCUGGUCAUCAUCCUGGUGGCAUGGGCAGCUUCUGUUUCUAAAGGCUUGGCCUGGCAGGUGGCUACAAACCCUUACAUAUCUGAAGCUGAUCUUCCCAUGGGUUCUCGUGUCAGGCUGGCAUCUUCUUAAAAUAAACCAUAAGCAUUUAUUCACUUGAA